ACUCUCCUUCAUCAUACUGAGUUUCUCCCUUCAGGGAAAGGAACUCUAAUUACUGAAAUGAAUAACUAAUUCACGUCUCAGGACAUCUUUCUGCACUUGCAUAAAUAUACAAUACAAAAUAUCAGUGAUAAAUGACUCCUCACAAUUUAAGUUUUCCCCGAGACACCAUUGACCCUCCUAGAUUUUUUGCAUUGGCUGAAAGCAGUCACUCCCUCCUCCCUUCCUUCAUUUUUGUCUGCCAGAUAUAGUGAAUGGGAAAAAAACUCAAUUUUCCCUUCCGUUAAGAAAUGUUGCUCUGCCUGCCACCUCUGACAGUUUUUACAGUGUGACCCUGACUUGGCAACUACAGUAACUACCCAUUGGAAAAUAAUGUAAUUCAUGCUUGCCUUACAUUAAUUAAACCCUAGAAAGGAGAGACUGUUAAAUAUUUCUAUUUUGGUUAACACGGGAUAUCUAACUUUGAAAUCUCUUUAAGAACUAUUCUUGUAUUUCUAAUUAGCAAACACGUUUAAUUUCUUACUGACAGUGGUCACGUUAUCCAAAUCAAACAUGAGGAGUACCUUUAGGGACAGGCUACUAUAUUAAUCAGGAAUUGUUACAGAAAUUCCAGGGCUUGGGGGGCGUAGAGCUACUAAAAAUUGUAAUGAGUCUAUGAUUACACUCCACUUUUAGAAUGGUCACUGUAACAUUUAAAAUAGCUAUUGGGGCCAUAAAGAGAUUGGAUUUGAAGGGUGGGUGGAAAGGAAACUAGUGCUUCUAGCGUGUCGAGAGAUUCCGCCGCUACCGCAGGUCAGGGUUAUUCUCCCUCCGCCGUCUCGCACCUCAGGCGGCGCGCACGCCUGCGCGGGGGCCUCGCUCGCGUUCCGGGGUGGAAGGUUGAGCGUUUGAGUGUCCAUGGCAACGCGACGCCUCCGCCUUCUGGGAGCCUCGGAUUCAGCUGCCGCUCUGUGAGUCGCGUCCAGGUGGGAGGGACCUGGGCUGGGGCCGGGGGAGACGGAUGGGGGCACCAGAGGGUGGGGGCUGGGGAAGCUGCUGGGAACAUUUCCUUACGCAUUGAGCUAAAGUAAGAAAAAUCAGCCUAAAGGUCAGCACAAAAGGAUUUUUUUCAUUCCAGUCCUUUCGCCCACGCAGGGGAGGAUGCCUCUGGAGGUGGUAGUGGAGCUGCAAAUCCGGGCGAUUUCUUGCCCAGGAGUGUUCCUUCCUGGCAAGCAAGAUGUGUACCUUGGAGUUUACCUUCUGAGUCAGUACCUGGAGACAAACUGCUUUCCCUCUGUGUUCCCUAUUAUGAUUCAGCAGAACAUGAGAUUUGAAAAGGUAUUUGAAAAUGCAAUAGAUCCUGGAGCUGUAGCAGACAUUUUGGAAAGCUUCUUAACCAGGUUUGAAUUAAUACAGCUAGUGCCUCCAGUGUGGGAAGAGUUGGCCUCCUAUGAAGAAAAUACACGGGAUUUUCUUUUCCCUGAGCCCAAGCUGACACCUUUGUACCCUGGGAUGUGUAGGGAGGUACUCAUGAAGACAGUUGCAGGUUUUCCAGGCAUUGCUCCCAAAAUAGAGUUUUCUACAAGGACAGCCAUCAGAGAGCGUGUGUUUCUGCAUAGAAACAGAUUUCUAGAAGAAAGGUAUAAGUCACAAAGGACUUUAUCAACAUCAUAUGGACCAAAAUUCCCUUUAAGUAAUGUAAAGUUGAAGCUAAAGGAGAGUAAACUCAACAGACUGCCCCAAGGCAUGCAAUCCCAGGCAUGCUCUCCAUAUUCCACCAGGCGUUUCUUCCAGGACCAGCCAGCUGGGAUGAACCUUGGAAAUAAUUUCAAAAUCUCUGGAGAAAGCAAACCUCCAUUUGUAGUUAGACAUGUGGACAGCACAAAGCCUUUUGGUGAAGCUAUUUCAGAGCUUCAUUCCCAGAAAUCUAGGAGAAAAUCUAAGUUUUCAAAUUUUCCAUUUCCAAUGAGAAGAGCUUCUUCUCUUGACAGCCUUGCAACUAACAUAAAGGUUAUCAAAGAGCCAGAUGAACGGAUCGUUUUAAGGAAUGAAUCACCAUCAUCUUUAGAUUCAACAUUCCAGAUCGCCCAGCCCUCUUCUGGAUCAGCCCUUUCUCUGAGAAAGGUCACCAGCAAGCCCCCACCUCUUCGCGUGAAGAGUGUGUUGUGGUCUGGCAGGAGUAAAGCCAGUUCAUUUAAUCAGUUUGCUUCUCUAGGAGUAUUCAUCUGGGAACACCUUUAUGUGAAAAAUUAUUAUUCUUUUAAAAAUCUUUCUGAAAGUAAGAGUUGAGUCUUUUUUCUUGCCUCUGGAGAGCUUAUCUCAAGAUGUUUGUUGAAAAUGGGACAGGCAGACAGCUUGACAUUAGUACUGUUUAUCCAUUUUUAUCUGUCAUAAAUUUAAAAAACUCAAGCUUUUUAUUUCACUAGUAUUAAAGAACUCACCACAGAAAGUUUGGAAAUUACAGAAAAAAAAAAAGAAAAGAAAAAAUCACCCAUAGUCCUGCCACCCCAAGACAAACAUUAUUAAUAUGUGGGUAUGUAUUUUUUCUCUUUUUCUAAACAUGGUUUGUUGUUUGUUUAUACUAUAGUUACAAGCAGUAAAGGAAACCAUGGUUGCAUAUGUCUGGUCUGCAGGUCAAAAAUCAUCGGGAAAGGGACUUUAAUUUUCCAAACUGCACACUCUAGUAAGGCAACAACCAUCCAUUUUGCCUGCAACUGUCCUUAUUUUAACCCUGAGAGUCCUGUAUUCUGGGGAAACCCUUAGGCCCAAGCAAACUGGGACAGUUUUUGUUACCUUAACUCCAGGGAAAUGGCACUGCAGAUAAUAUUUUUAAGACGGUUGUUUUAUUUGGUUGUUCUGUUUUGUUUUUUAAUUGAGGUAUAAUGACAUACAAAAUUAUUUUAGUUUUAGGUAUACAACAUAAUGGUUUGACAUUUAUACAUAUUACAAAAUUAUCACCAUAAUAAUACUAGUUAACAUCCAUCACCAUACAUAGUUACAGACUUUUUCCUUGUGAUGAGGACUUUUAAGAUUUACUCUCAGUGAUCUUUCAAAGAUGCAGAAAAAUAUUACUAACUCUAGUGUGCUGCACAUUAUAUCUUCAUGACUGAUUUAUUUUGUAACUAGAGGUUCAUACCUUUUGCCCACCCCCACCUCUGACUCUAAUGACCACCAAUCUUUUUUCUGUAUCUUUGAGCUUUCUUUCUUUAUUUUUUUUAAGAUUCCGCAUAUAAAUGAGAUCAUAUGGUUUUUGUCUUUCUCUGUAAGACAGUUGUUGAGGAUAUGCCAGUCUGCUUUUCUCUGCAUUGUUAGUGAUGAGAAUAAGAAGAGAAAUCCCCGCAUCAGAAUAUGAUUGCUUGCAAAGGGAGUUGUAGUGAAUAUCCCAGAAUGAAAGUAAAAAUGAAAUGAAAGCCCUAAAAUUUUAAUAGGAAUUAUAUUGAGUUUGAGGUAGACUGUGGCAAUGCAUUCUUAGUGUUUUUCAGAAAUGAUAGAAUAGCUUUAUAUUAAAAUGUUAGAUCAUGGACUUAAAGAAACCAAAUCAAAUAUUUUA